AUGCGGCGCGCAGAAGCAACGGCGAUCGCUCUCCGUAGCGGCGAUGCCCAGCUGACGGACCUCGACGGCCAGAUGCUUCCGCCGCCGCCGCUUCCGCAGCAGCAGGUCGUAGCUGGGCAGCAGCCGCAGCAGCAGCAGCAGCAGCAAGUGCAAUCGCAAACGCAGCAAAAGACGCGAAAUAAAGCGGCUUCCAGAAGCCGCGUUGCGUAUUCUGAACCCCUCUUGGCGCCGCAGGCGCGAGCCGUUUCAGAAACAAAAGCGCCUCAGGGCUCAUCCCCUUCCACGCAUAUCGCUUUCCAUGCCGCAGGUGGCGGCGGCAGAAAAGGCAAUAGCAGCGGCCACCGUAACCCCACGACCAACCCCGUUUCCGCUUCGUCUUCCGCCGCUGCUGCAACUCAAAAUUCCCAGCCUUCCAUUUCCCCUUCUGCGCCCGCGCCCAAGCCGUCCCCGCUGGCGCUGCAGUUCGUGCGCCAGUCGCGCGCCAUGAUGCUUCUCUUGGACCGCCAAUCCGCUGAAGUUCUCGCCGCCAGUCGCGCGGCGCUGACGGCGCUCGGGCAGGCGGAGGACGGGGAGAGCGCGCAGGGGCAGGCGCAAAGCGCGAGUUCGGGCGCGGGCGCGGGCGCGGGCGCGAGCGGGCGGAACAGUUUGUUCGAUUUGACGGACGACGUGAGCGCGGAGCAGUGGCAGCGCGCCGUGAGCGACGCGGUCGCGUCCGCCGCCGUGCUGCGCUUCAACGUGCGCGACUCGGGGGCGGGCGGGCACCUGGCGGGGAGGCAGGUGGAUUUGAUGCUGCAGCCGUGCCAGUUCGCGCACGACGCGCACUCGCUCGUCGGUACCUUCGCCAUCGUCAACCGGCCCUCCCCACUCCCGACUACCAACGUAGAUGAAGGUCGCAGCGGCGGCGGCGGCGGCGGCAGCGGAAGCACUCUCAAUGCGGACGAGCGUCCUGUGUCGGCGCGCAGCAACACGAGCGAGUCCCCGGGAGGCAGAGGCUCCCGUCGCUUCAUGCACAAGCUUGCGUCGCUCUUCCGCUUUCACGACGAACCUUCCCCGCGCGAGCCGCUCUUCUCUGUCGAGCCCCUUACCCCCAGCCCCCACGAUUCCGCCACCUCCGCUUCCGCCUCCACCACCCCGAGCGCAACCGUUCCCACUCCGCGGGGCCUUUUCUCCCCCGCUGCUGCGCCCCGCGCAUCUUCCUCGCCCUCGUCAGCUGCAGGCGCGGGAUUCUCCGCAGCAGGUUCCGCCGUCGCGCCAAUGUCCAUCUUGCGCAAGGUUUCCACCUUUCACGCCCUCAGCCGCGCGCCGACCUCCCCCUCUGCCGCCUCCGUUCUCCCCUCGUUGGAAGCCGCCGCAGCAGCUGGGGCCUGCGGCGGCGGCGGCGGUGGCGGCGUUGGAGGCGGUACGGAAGGAGGCAGCAGGAGAGCGCUUCCAGACGGUCUCCCCCCUGGGGGCAGCGGGCGGAUGUCCGGCGCGCGCCGCCUACUGCGCGGACGCGGAAAGAGCGGUUCCGCGCAGGAGCGGCGCACGACGUCGUCCGGUCCGCUGCUCACGGCGGCCGCGGUAUCGCCGUCGCACCAGGACGUGCGCGCGACGGCGGAUUUUUUGCGCACACGAGGCGGAGAUGUGGCGCCGCUGCAGCAGGGGUGGGACAGAUUGGACUCGCCGGGCGGGCUCGGGUUGUCCAUGGGAAGGGCGGUGCGCGUUGGCGGAGAGGACACCGCCAUUAACGCCGUCGGCAGCGGCGGCAGGGCGACAGGAAGCAACAGCAUGAACCGCAGCAGCAGCAACAGCAGCGGCGGCGGCGGUCUUUCCGCGCACCCUAUUAACAGGCGGGCGUUCUCCACCAACGCGGAGGGGCUGAGAGCGGCAGCUACUCGGAAGCUGCAGCGGCAGCAGGUGCGGCGAGAAGCUUCGGGCGAGGAUGGUGGCCCUGCUGCUGCUGCUGCUGCUGCUGCUGCUGCUGCUCCUGCUGCGGGAGCGGCAUGUACGGAUCGCGAGGCAGUUAAGGCAAGCGCCAGUCGUUCCGUUCCUGGCGACGCGCUCACUGCUGCGAGCGUGCCCACUGCUCCGCCUGCUGCUGGAACCCUCACACCUGCCGCCGCCUCUUCCGCCGCGUCCGCCGCUGCAGCAGCAGCUGCAGGUCGCGCGGCUGGCACUGGCGGAGAAGCGACUACGAGCGCGCACCCGCUCCUGGCGGGAUCGUUGUCGGCUAGGCGCAACGACCUGCGCUUGAUUAUCCCCUCGCCCAAAGGCGACCGCCAGGUGAAGGCGCUGGGCUCCGGCGCGAAUGACGGCGGCGGCGGCGGCGGCGUCAGGGUGUGUGGUCUGGGGAGCAGUGAUGGGGGGGGGAGCGAAGAGGGGAGUUACAGCAGCGCGUCUGCUGCUGGUGCUGCUGCUGAUGGGGCUUGUGGUUCUGCCUUGGUGACUCCUGCUUCUCUACCUGCCAGCACUCCCACCGCCCACUUGCUCACUCCACUCUCUUCCCGCUCUAACGCCUCCCUUGGUUCCUCCGCUGCUACACCACCGACCAUUGCUGCUGCUGCUGCUCCUGCUGCUGCUGCUGGUGUAUCCAAGGCACCAGCAGCAGCAGCGCCAGCAGGCCGCAAAACACCUUCGCCCUCUCCUCGCAGCGGCUUCGCCUCCUCCGCCUCCGCCUCCGCCUCCGCCUCCGCCUCCGCCUCCUCUUCCGCCGCUCACUCCCCCCUGUCCGCCGCCUCCUCCGCCGCAGCGUCAGCAUCCAGUCUUCCCAGUUCAAGCAAGUCAACGGGGCUGAGGGAGCGGCGCGGGCUGGGCAGCAGACUAGGCACUCUAGCCGUGAGGCAUGGCGACACGCAAGCACGGCAGCAGCAGCAGCAGCAGCAACAGGGGCAGGAGGAGCAGGAGGAGCAGGAGCGGGAGGAAGGGGGGAGAGGCAGCUGCAGCAGCACCCCAGGAGCGCGCCUUUCUAGGAGGUCUCCAUCGGAAGCCUCUGCGUUGCUGACGCCCGUUCCGACCAUGACCGCCACCGCCGUUACCCCCGGACGCUUGGGGUUCCAUAGCGUGGGGUCCAAGGGGCGGGUACUGGCCGGCGCAUGGGGAGGUGCUGCGGGGAGAGCAGAGAGGCGAGGCACCGGCAGCGGCAGCGGCGGCGGCGGCGGCGGCAGCGGUGGCGGUAGCGGCAGUGGGGGUGCUACUGUGGUGGCGUCUGCUGGGCUGCUCAUGGCCCAGCGAGUGGAUGGCACGGUGCUGGGUCCUGCAGGGGGAUCAGCAGCAGGAGCGGCAGCAGCAGCAGCAGCGAGGGGCGUUCGAGCCCCCGUGCAGUCGCCACUGGGGCGACCUCGGUCCGUAACGCAGCCUCUGCGCGCCCGCUCCCGCCCUUCCGCCCUGCACAGCCACUCCCUCACUGCUGACCUUGUCGCUGCUGCUGCUGCUACUGAUGAUGGUGGUGAUGGUGGUGAUGGUAGUGCUGGUGGUGCUGCUGAUGCCGCUGAUGCUGCUGGUGGCGGGUUGGGUGGGAGCAGGCGAUCAAGGAGCUAUGGAGGGGGGUUGUUCACGCCGAGACUCGUGCGCAAGAGCAAGAGCAGGAGCAUGUUCUUCACCGUGGGAGGGGGGAGCACAGGGGGGGGAGGUGGGGGGGAGGACUGGUGGGGAGAUGAGGGGACGAUGACUCUCGGCUCUCCUGCCUUUCACGUUGCUGCCGCUGCUGCCGCUGCUGCUGCUGCUGCUGGUGCCACUAACGCCGAAGCUGGCAGUGGGCGGGAGGAGCAGGACGUACAGCCGUUGGAUCCCCUGGGUCUAGGAUCUGCCGCCGUUGCUGCCACUGCCGCCGCUGGCGCCGCUGCUGCCGCCGCAGUGGCGGGGACGACGGGGUGUUACCCGCGCCACGGGGCUCCUUCCGCCUCCUCCCCUCGGGAUUCAGCUGCGAGCGCUGCAGGCGGCAGCGUUUCUAGGCCUGGGGCUCAGGGAAGGAGAGCUCCCUCCUUUGGCUCCUCUCAGAGCCAGAAGUCGCCUGGUGCUCCCGGUAAGAAAGCCCUGCUAUGGCCGCAGGAACCGCAGGAACGGCAGGAGCGGCAGAAGCAGCUGCCAGGACAGCAGAUUGAGAGGGGCGAGGAAGGGGGGGAGGAGUGGGGGGAUGCAGGAACGGCAGGUGGUAUUGGUGCAGAGCAGGAGUGGGGGGAUGUGGGCGCAGGAGCAGGAGCGGAGGAGAGGGCGGAGAUAGAGCGGCAGCUGCGCGCAAUGGAGGAGAAGAUGGUGGCGAUGCAGCAGCAGAUCGGCGCGCUGCUCACCAUUGGCGCCGCCAUGGCCGACCAUGGGGACGAGGCUGGAGAGGACCAAGGGGAGCUGCGGGAGGGGUUUCUGGGGGAGGGGGGGCGCGGGGAGGGGGAGUUGGAAGAGCGGGAGUUUGGGUGGAGGCAGCUGGGGGAGAGGGAGCUGAGGGAGGGGGAGCUGGGGGAGGGGGGCUUGGGGGGUGCAGAGGCGGCUCUGGUGGUGGCUAGAGAUGGGGAGAAGGGGGAAGGCGAGCAGGCGCUGGAGAGGGAGGGAUGUGCGGAGGAGAGGCAGGGGGAUGAGAAAGCGGUGCCAGAGGAUGAGAAAGCGGUGCCAGAGGAUGAGAAAGCGGUGCCAGAGGAAGAGAAAGCGGUGCCAGAGGAUGAGAAAGCGGUGCCAGAGGAUGAGAAAGCGGUGCCAGAGGAUGAGAAAGCGGUGCCAGAGGAUGAGAAAGCGGUGCCAGAGGAUGAGAAAGCGGUGCCAGAAGAUGAAGAGGAGGUGGAGGAGGGGCGUGGCAAGGAGGGGAAAGAAGGGAGCAAGGUGAGGGAGAUAUUGAGCUCUAGCCCAAGGGCAAGUGGUGCUGAUAGCCCAAGGACCCCUGGGGGUAGUAGCAGCGGCGAGGGGAAGGGGGGGAUGCGGGAAGGAAGCCAUGGUAAGGAGAGAAGACGGAGUGUGAGUAAGAGUCCGAAGCAGAAGCACAGGCAGGCGACAUCAUCCCUUUCAUCCCAGUCCGCCUUCCAGCCAGCCAACACCAGCAGCAGUCCAGCUCGUGCCCCCUCCUCCUCCUCUCCCUCUCUGUCUUUGCCUGCAUCUGGUGCCGCUCCUCCCUCCCCUGCGCACGCUCUCCCGUCUCCCUCCCGCGCCCUCCCUCCGCUCUCCCCCACCCUCCCUCCUCUCUCCCCUGCUGCGGAGUCGGGUACAGCGGGGGGGCAGAGGCAGCGCGCAGGGCAGAGGCGGAGAAGGGCCAGUCGGGGAAAGGAGAAGCAGCAGGAGGUGGUGGGGAGGGCAGUUCGUGAUGUUGUUGUUGACGGUCAUGAAUCCACUGACAGCCGUGGUCAUGACCAUGAUGGCCAUGAUGGUCAUGAUGGUCAUGGGGUCAUGGCAGACGGCGAGCAUGGUGGCGGGGUGGAGAUUGAGUCUCCAUGCUGUGCUCGCUGCCAUGCGCCCAUGCACACAUGCAUCAGAUCUGGGGCAGGGCAGAGCAGGGCAGGGCAGAGCAGGGCAGAGCAGGGCAGAGCAGGGCAGGGCAGAGCAGGGCAGGGCAGAGCAGGGCAGGGCAGAGCAGGGCAGGGCAGAGCAGGGCAGGGCAGAGCAGGGCAGGGCAGAGUAGGGCAGGGCAGAGCAGGGCAGGGCAGAGCAGGGCAGGGCAGAGCAGGGCAGGGCAGAGCAGGGCAGGGCAGAGCAGGGCAGGGCAGAGCAGGGCAGGGCAGAGCAGGGCAGGGCAGAGCAGGGCAGGGCAGAGCAGGGCAGGGCAGAGCAGGGCAGGGCAGAGCAGGGCAGGGCAGAGCAGGGCAGGGCAGAGCAGGGCAGGGCAGAGCAGGGCAGGGCAGAGCAGGGCAGGGCAGAGCAGGGCAGGGCAGAGCAGGGCAGGGCAGAGCAGGGCAGGGCAGAGCAGGGCAGGGCAGAGCAGGGCAGGGCAGAGCAGGGCAGGGCAGAGCAGGGCAGGGCAGAGCAGGGCAGGGCAGAGCAGGGCAGGGCAGAGCAGGGCAGGGCAGAGCAGGGCAGGGCAGAGCAGGGCAGGGCAGAGCAGGGCAGGGCAGAGCAGGGCAGGGCAGAGCAGGGCAGGGCAGAGCAGGGCAGGGCAGGGCAGAGCAGGGCAGGGCAGGGCAGAGCAGGGCAGGGCAGAGCAGGGCAGGGGAUGUAGGACAUGUUCAAAUCAUCCUACUAGAACACUCUUUCCCAGAACAAUCAUCAUUGCUUGUGUGUGUCUCAACACCAUCCUCUUCCACUCACACCACUUCCUUCCUCUCCAUCCCCUUACUUUUUAGUCCUCUACCCCUUCCCCAUCCCCCUCAUCACUCCCUCUUGUCCCCCCUCUUUCUUGCUAUUCUCCUCAUGCCCUGUCCAUGGCGCAGUUCCCAGCUGGAUCGCAGUGGAGUGGGGUACGCAGUGGUGGCAGCAGGCACUGGCGACAUCAUCACCUGCAACAACACAUUCCUCUCCCUCCUCCGCCUCGCCUCGCCUGCCCCUCACACCGCCAUCGCUGCCACUGCCACAGUCGUGGGUGCUGAUUCAGCAGAAACAGAAGCAGCAGCGGCAGAUACAGAAACAAAAGCAGUUGACGGUGCAGCAGCAGCAGCAGCAGCAGCAGUGGCAGGGGCAGGGUGUGGUGGCUCGGUGUGUCUGAAUGUGGUGAAUGCCCUGUCGGCAGAGUCAAAAGGGGAACUCAUGCUUACCUCCCUCACCUCUCUCACCCCUCCCCACCUCCCAGUCCCCUCCUCCGGAUUCCUCCUGUCACUCUCCUCUCCAGCAGCAGCAGCCACUGGGAUCAAUGCCUCUAGAGGAACAGGGCUGGAUCACAGCGAGAUGAGAAUGUCAUGUAACUCAUUCACCUAUCUUGCUCUUUCCCUCUUGCUCACUCCUUUCCUGACUUGCCCGUUCCCAUCCCUCGCGCUCUUGUCAAGCAGUGAGUUGAACCGGAGAUCCUCACAUGCAUUCUUUGAUCCGCCAUCAAGACGAGAAGUCAAGGAGAGAGUGCAGGCAUUCAACUGUUCCCAGCCAGGCGAGUUCUCCCAAGGGGAAUUCGAGGACCUCAUUCUCCUCUUCUUUCCAGACGCAGUAUCGCGUGUCACAAAAGACAUUGUGCUCACAUGCACAGCAGUCACGUGCCUCACUCUUGCCACCAAGAGCGCUGCAGAUGCCAUGCUGAGAAGAGCCGGCUCCAAGCGGUCGAUUCCUGGCGCCCUGCUCGCAUGCGUGAUUGGAUUAGUGUGGCGAAUAGCCCGGAAAUAA